AUGAAGCUCCAAACCGCUCUCUGGUUCGCGGCCUUGGGCCACGUCGCCAACGGCUGUCUCCUCCCCGAGGAGAUGGGCGACGGCGACAGCAAGCCGGUCGGUCUCGAACGGCGCCAGAGGGGCGGAGAUUACGUGCCCAUCGGCAAAGGAGACCGUUUCGAGCACAAGGUGCCCUGGGGCCUUGGCUCCGACCCUCAAGCCUUCAAAGACGCUUCUCAGCUGUCCAUCCUGAGCCUCGCUGAAAUCGAGUCGGCGCUCAAGCGCCUCGAAAAGGCGUACCCGGGCAAGAUGACGCUCACCGAGGCAGAAAAAAAGACGUUCGAGAACCGCCCCAUCUACUACGCAGUCGUCGGCUCCCAGUCGCCCGCGGUCUUCCUCACCAGCGGCAUCCACCCCCGCGAGCGCGGAGGACCAGACGCCAUGGUGUACCUGAUUGCGGACCUCCUCUGGGCCGACAAGAAGAACGCGGGCCUGAGGUACGGCAGCAGGGAGUACAGCGUCCAGCAGGUCCGCCGGGUGCUAAGCGCGGGCAUCGCCGUCAUCCCGGCCGUAAACCCGGACGGAAUCCACCACGACCAGACGACCAACUCGUGCUGGCGCAAGAACCGCCGGUCCUUUGGCAAGCACGGCGUCGGCGUCGACAUCAACCGCAACUUUAACGUCCUCUGGGAUUACGAGCGCAUAUUUAGUCCGAGUGCUGGCGUGCGCUCCCGGAUGAGCAAAACCCCUUGGGCACCUUCGUACAUCGGGCCGAGUCCCUUCUCGGAGCCCGAGACGCAGAGCGUCAACAUCGUCUUUGAGAGGGUAAGGUCGCUGCGGUGGUAUCUCGACCUUCACUCCUACUUGGGACAGGUCCUCUACGGGUGGGGAGACGACUACACGCAGACGACGGACCCGGGCAUGAGCUUCCGCAACAGGAAAUACGACGGCCAGCGCGGGCUCAAGGGAGACAUGUACAAGGAGUACAUGGAGCCCGAGGACUUUGAUGCCCAAAAGGCCGCCUCGAAGCGCAUGGUCAGGGCCAUGAACCGCGAGGCCAACGAGGACCGGUACAUGGCGGCCGAGAUCAUGGACCUGUACCCGGCGCUGGGCAGCACCGACGAGGCCCUGGCCAAGUACUACAGCCAUUCAUGCGGCAGCAACAGAAUCAAUGCCUUGACCUUUGAGUUCGGCAAGAACAAGACGUACACCGGCAAUUGCCAGGAGUAUUUCUACCCCAAACGAACGGAGUACAAGGACGACCUCACUUACAUCAUGGUGGGACUGAUGGAGUUUCUGCUCAACGCCGCAGAAGAGCAAGCAAAGGUCAAGACGUGGAGCCAGGGCUGCGACGCAUCGUCACAGCAGCCGACGCCCAAGCCGGAGCAGCAGGGCUCCGGCAAGGAUACGCCCGAGCUGCAAAAGUGCAGCGAUCAGUACCGGGCCGCGGUUAAACGGUGUCGAGACGAAGACGAACCCUGCAUAGCCAGGAUCCGUCACGAGGCCUACCAAUGCAUACAGCGGGCGAACCAAUACUGUCUACAAAAGUAUUCGCCCACGUGGAGAAAGUGCCAAAAUUUUGCAUGCCGACAUGAUGUCAGGAAGAACUUUCAAGAUUGCGAGAGACAACAAGGGACAAAAAGGGAACGCGAGCAAGACCUCGUGCCGGGGAUUAAAGGGCAUGCCCUGUGUGUCAAGAGACGCCGCAAAGUCUAUGAUGACUGCACUGCGGGUGGGGGAGGAUCUAAGUGUAACGAGAAAGCUGUGGAUGGAUAUGUGCUGUGUGAGCUCCAGAUACCUGUGUAG